UAAAAUAUAAAAAACGUGGGUGAAGGCCAGGAUUGAACUUGAGUACUUAUAUAGACUGGAGCCAAUAUCAAAAGCCAUGAAGCAAAAAGGAAAAAACAACUGGAAAAGCACAAAGUUUAAAUUUCCAGGACUGAACUUGAUUUCCCCUCUGGAGAUAUUGGCUCAUAGCAAUAUCAACUGCCGGAGAUCAGGGCUGCACACGGCGCCAUCAACCCGGGAGGGAAGUACAGUCAGUGGAGGUGAAGAUGGAGCCAAAAGUAACACCACCACCACCAACAACAACAACAACGACACCACCAACAAACGUGACAGAGCCAACAGUCGGUCGAAGGUGGGACAUAUUGUUAAAAAGACUUCAACUCUGCAAGAUGAGUUGGCAAUUGAGCGGAACAGUCAACAAAGUUCAUUGAGCUGCAUGGCUGCACAGCACCAAUACUGCAGCAUUGACAGUUUCUUACGUCUAAGAAGCUUCAGUGAUGAGAUAAAUGUGGAAAUGGAAAAGUUGAGUCAUACAAGUCUACACAGCAGUUGUUCUGGUCAAAACACGGAGCACAGUUUUGUCAGUUUGGCCACCAGUCUCAGAAGUAUUGAAAGCAGAUUCUGGAAAAUGCGAAUGAACCCUUAUCGAAGUUCUCGUGAUUCAGAUAUGUAUGACAGGCUUGAUUCUAGGGAAGGCGCCAAGCACAUGUCGCAGCCUGACUAUAGUGUCAACCCUCAGACAUUAUUGGAAAACUAUGUGGAGAAGAAAGUUCGUUUUGCUGGAGUGAUUCCAGAUGUGCAGAUAGAUGAUGUCACAAACAGAACAGAUGUAUUACGCAUUAUUGAUGAAGGCAAAAAACAAGGCAGAGUCCAUCAUCGGACAACAGACAAGGAGCAUGGCACUUGCUUCACACUGAAUGUACACAACAUAAAACUGACCUGCAAAGAUGAGUUACUACUUCGUAUCUGUAUCCAUGAGAUAGCAGCAGUGUGUUACAUCAAAGAUGACAACGACUACAUACUACCUAUUAAAUACGGAGUUCCAGAGAAAUGUAACUUGGCCGUACUUUAUGUUGACGACAAGACGCAAGCUGAAGAAAUUUGUGCAUUGGUUGACCAAUGUUUCCAGCUUGUUUAUGCCGAUGUAGCCAUUCAGUUCAUCAACAUCAACUUAAAUGGUGCUUUCGGAACAUCAGUGCCUUCUUCAAACACACAGAGUGACUCCACCACCAUUAACAAUGCUCCAGACACAGCACUGAAACCAUCGUAUAUAACAACCUCUGACCAGAACCUUACCAAGAACAACACUUCAUCCUACAGCCGUUCUCCGAAAGCAUCCAAACGCACAAUCAGCGUAACCACCGAAAGUGAGAUUAGUUUGACUGGUGGUGAUUAUUCUGAGGUCAUUCAGGAUUACCUAAAGAAGCUCCACAAAUGCCUCACCAAAACAGAGCUGUGCCAGUUUGCUGUUCUGCUCACUGCUCGACAGAAAGGUGCCACCACAGGAGAAUUUUGCAAAGAGGUUUUCAAUUUGUUUGGACAAGAAAGAAAACAUAUGAUGACUGGCAUGGGUCCUUUCAUAGAAGCAAAAGACUAUCAUGUGUUUGAAGAAUUCUUGUCUAAAAAUUCUAUGGCGCUUCCAGCAAAUGGCCAUGGUACCAUCUCCAGCUUCCACAGCAAUUCUCAGCUCUGCAAAGACAAUGGCAUUACAACUCACUCUAUAAACAGCGGAGAUAUGGAUGAAUUUGAUCGGAUGAUGGACUGCAUCUCAGAUCAGAUCGAUAACAUGGAGAACAGUGUCGAUGUGGACAGCUUUGUGUCAUGAAACCUGACUUUCCCCACCCAUAUACAGACCUUCUUGCCUUCUCUUUAGUAUUUAUGUUUUAUUUUUUUGUUUCUUUUUACAAUGCACCCCCCCCCCAUCAUUUAUGACAGUCCACGCUACUGAGUGACUCUUCAGUUCCCAACUCCUCCACUAAUCAUCUACCCAUCCACCCAUAGCUACCUGUUUCAAACUUCCAAAACUGUUCCCAGAGAAACAUCACUUACAUGAUCUUUUUUUUUUUAUACAACUAUCUUCCUCUCUCUCUCUCUUAAUUGACAGUGGAGUUCUUGAUGACUUUAUUACCUCUCAGAAUGCUCCAACAAGCUGAAUUUUUACAAUACGGCUUUGACCAAUCAGCAUGCAGCUUAGACAUAACAGUUUGCCAAGCAUAGCGAUAUUCUGUAAUUUGUUUAUAUUUAUAUGCUAGAGAUAUUCUUUAAUCCACAGCAUUAACUGGUUGUUAUAUUAUCGCUGUUCUAAGAGGUACUAAAGUUGUCAAGAACUCAGCUGUCAGUAAAACACAUUUGAAAUCUGAUGAUUACUCUAAGUAUGAAAGUACUAACUUAACUUUAUGAGCAUUAAAAAAUAUAUUUUUUAAUGUUAAAAUACCAUAAUAAAAAACGUGAAAACCAGACUAUGUUUUAACUAUAUUCAACAGAUAUCAUCAUCAUCAUCCAGUGUUUUAAAUCUGGGUUUUAUCCCUGUUAAUGGGAGUGUCCGUAUCUACCUUAAUGCUAUAGAAACCGAGGUAGACAGGUGCAGCCCACCCCAAACUUUGGGCCAGCUGGCUGGUGCCCAUUCUCCUUUGCUAUCAUGAGGCUUUUUUGGAGCUGGAUUCUCUAUGGGGAGCAUGCCCUUGCUUACUCCCAACCUCUGUUCUAGACAUGAAUUGUCCUGAGAUCAAGGCCUCUACCAUGAUUUUUAAGAAAUGUGGUGGAAAACUAGUUUGGUGUAUCAAGAAGUAUUGUCUCGAAAGUAAUGACAGCCCUUGUAUGUGUAUGGAGAGAGGGUAAGUGGUAUAUCCAUGAUGGUUAAUUGAUAAAUUGUGAUGUCUCUUACUCCCACCCCAUCUCUUUCUAUUUGUAUGUGUAUAUUUCUGAACCUACAUAUGUGUGUGUGUGUGUGUGUGUUUAUUUCUUGCACCAAAAAGUACUUUUGCCACAGCAGGCUGAACAUCCAAUCAGCCAUGCUAAAUUUGCCAGCAUCCAAACAGCUGCACCCUAUCAUCUCAUUCUGGGUCCGUAGAUAUCCUGAAGCAUUUGGACCACCCGUACACAGUUCUCCAUCCCUCUCUGCCCUGGACCCCAGCAUUCAUUAAUCCUUCAGAGAUAUUCAGGCUGUACCUCAGCCAUAUUCUUAUCACUGAUCUGGGAGUGAGUGUGACCCACAAAGGCCCUGGCUACUGUUUGCCUCCUCUCAAUAAUUCAUAAACAGAAAUAUGUAGUGCCCCAGCAUGGCCACAGGCCUCUGUCUGGAAGUUGCAAAAGAAGUAAAGAAUAACUAGAGCAAGACAUAUGGCUCUGCUUCUGCCAUUUCAUACUGUUUGAACAUAAAACCAGGCUGCUACCCCUUAUUUUUACUGAUGAGUGGUUUCUAGUUGGACCCAAAUCUCCACUCUCCCAUCCAGCUGUAAAAACAACUUCUCUGGAGCCAGUAAUAGAGUCAGUUGGUGGUCACUCAACUUGCUAGAAAUAACGACCAAGUCUCCCUCAAAUCACAACCUAGCAACUUGAAAAAAGGAAAAAACACUUUGGAUGAGAUGUAAUGGCCAUGGGUGGCAUGUAAAUCCACAAAUGCAAAUGCACAUAUAUGCAAUGCAUGCAAAUACAUGCACAUUUGCAUGUACACAAACAUGCACUCACUGAUAUACUUGCAGAUGCACAAACAUGCAGACAUCUACACAGGAGAGCACACACACACACAUAUACACCCAUAGUUAUAUGCACAUGUACAUGCAUAGUUAUGCACACAGGUGCACACAACACACUCGCAUGCACACAUAUGCACCACAUCCACUUUAGAUUUCUGUUGCUCGUGUGGAAACAAAUGGAAAACUGCAUCUUAAGUAUGAUUUUGUUAUUGGGAACACAGCGUUGGAUCCGAGAAAGCCUGUCUAAGAGAAAGAAAGGGA